GCGCAAUUGCCCAUUGAGCCAUGCCAAAGUACAGCGAGAUUUCGCCUCAGGGCGAUAGCCCUCCAGAUCACAAGACGAUCGACAAGCUGCUUGGCAUCCAAAGUUGGAGGAUCUGUCAUGUUUCAAGAUACAGAGCUGUCCCUGAAUCAGGGCAUAUCAUAGAUGCAUAGCCCUGCAUAGCUGCAAAUUGAUCCUUGACGACAGGUCUGACGUUCCUACUUGGUGCGCGCAUCCUUUGAAAACGCCCUCGUCACAGCCAAAUAUGUUGCUUUUUCCUGGAGAGAUGACCCACCAUGCUGGGAUGCUGGCGGCCUGUCAGCAGCUGCCCUUGGUGCAGGAGAUGAUGGAACUUGCAACGGAAGCCUUUGACUUUGAUGUACAACGGGUCUUCGAGGAGUGUGCGCCGGAAGACUUUGCAAACAGGACAGACAGAAGUCAGAUGCUGGCGUAUGUUGCUGACUGUGCUGCCUAUGAGCUGUUUCGACAACAGCAACCAGAGGCAGCAGGCAAUCCUCGCGCAGUUGCCGGCUUUUCGGUCGGUGAGAUCGCUGCAUUGGUUGCUGCUGGCAUCAUAUCCUAUGACCAAGGUCUCACAAUUGUCAAGGCACGUGCAGAAGCCAUGCAGCGGUGGGUAGAUGAAGAAGAGAUGGCCGCCCUGGCAGUUUUCGGCAUGGAGGAGGACCAGCUCAAUCAUUUAUGUGCUCGGGUGGAUCCAGAGGGUAAACCUGCACAGAAGGUAUUCAUUUCGCAUUGCUGGGGACGCAAGGGCUUUGUAUGCUCGGGUGCUUCAGCGGCUGUGGAACUUCUGGAAGUCCUGGUUGAGAACGAGGCUCAACAGGAGGUCGUAUACAAGCAGCGACUGGAAUUUCGCUUGGACGCAGGACAUACUCCGCUUGCAACAGCAGUGGCAGCUGAGGUGGAGGAAGUGAUAAAGAGCAUUCAAAUGAAUCCACCGCAAUGUGAGGUCUAUUUCAAUUGCGGCUUUCGAGUUGCUGCUGGGGAGGAUCCUUCAGUCUUUGCACCCUAUUUGAUCCAGCAGCUGCUCAUGCCCUUGCGUUGGGAUGUGACCAUCCGAAACAGCUUGCAGCGCGGGAUUCGACGCUUCUUUGAGUGUGGGCCAGGGCAAAGCCUCAAGGACUUGAUGAUCUUCAAUAGCUUCACGGCGUCGCCUUCUCAGACCAUCAGGCCUGCUGAGUUGACCACACUUGUGCAGUGCUGAUGCCUUUGAAAGCCGGAAAGCCGUGCAUGAUAAAAUCGCGCGCGCGCGCGCUCGCUCGCUCGCUCUCUCGCUCUCUCUCUCUCUCUCUC